CUUGUCCCCACUUCCGAUGUAAAUUAGCUUUCCUCUUUCUUUCUUUUGUCCACUUCUGCCUUAUGGGAUCGGAGAUGCUGAGAGAGAGGGAGAGAGACAGGCAGACAGUUACAGAGGGGGGAAAAAAACAAAACCAUUUUAGGCUCCUCUCUCUUGUCCCCUCUAAAACCGCGAGACCAGGAUUUCAAUAUUUCUCUAUCAUGUGUUCUUAGUCCAUAGAAACAACAAACAAUGAAGCUUCUUCUAAUCUCUGUUUUGCUCUUUUACUGUCUUCGUAAACCCAUUUGGGUUGGUGCCACACCGGACACUCUUGUUCCAUCCGUUUCAGCUUCUGUUUCCUCCCCAGCAGUCUCACCCGUUUCUUCAAUUUCCACAUCAAUGGCUGCUUUCUCCCCAGGAAUUGAGGUGGGAAUUGACGACGAUCAUGUGGAUGCACACAAGAAAAUGUUAAUUGCGCUCGUCGUUGCUUGCACUGCUCUUGCUGCAGGCAUUUUGUCUUUGUUAUGCUUGUGGAUAUAUCGCAGGAAGUUCUCACGCAAGCCUCACAGAAGAAGUGCUCGGAGCUCAGAUGCUGAGAAGGGACUUGCUUUACCUCCGUUUUUGACUAAAUUUAGCUCCGUAACAAUUGUUGGCAAGAGAGGAUCUGUUCCAUUGAUUGACUAUAAGCUUCUAGAAAAGGCAACGGACAAUUUCCGGGAUAGUAAUAUCUUGGGAGAGGGCGGAUUUGGAUGUGUUUACAAGGCUCAGUUGGAUGAUACCUUGAAUGUUGCCGUCAAGAAGCUUAACUGUGAAAGUCAGGACGCCGAGAGGGAAUUCGAGAACGAGAUUGAUUUGUUAAGUAAAAUUCAACAUCCAAAUGUAAUUUCCUUACUGGGUUGCUGUAUUCAUUGCGAUACAAGAUUUAUUGUCUAUGAAUUGAUGCAAAAUGGAUCUUUGGAAAUUCAGUUGCAUGGACCUUCUCAUGGUUUGGCAUUAACUUGGCACAUGCGGAUGAAAAUAGCUCUUGAUACGGCAAGAGGAUUAGAAUAUCUGCAUGAGCACUGCAAUCCGCCGGUGAUCCAUAGAGAUCUGAAAUCAUCUAAUAUACUUUUGGACUCCAACUUCAAUGCUAAGCUUUCGGAUUUUGGUCUUGCUGUAACUGAUGUGGCCCAAAACGAGAACAUCAAGCUUUCAGGCACUUUGGGUUACGUAGCCCCGGAAUAUCUUUUAGACGGUAAAUUGACGGAUAAGAGUGAUGUCUAUGCUUUUGGAGUUGUGCUUCUAGAACUUCUGUUAGGAAGAAGGCCCGUGGAAAAACUGGCACCAGCUCAGUGCCAAUCUAUUGUCACAUGGGCCAUGCCCCAGCUCACAGACAGAUCUAAACUCCCAAACAUUGUGGAUCCUGUGAUCAAAGAUACAAUGGAUCUGAAACAUUUAUACCAGGUCGCUGCUGUAGCUGUAUUAUGUGUGCAACCAGAACCAAGCUACCGGCCACUAAUAACAGAUGUCUUGCACUCUCUCGUUCCUCUCGUCCCCGUUGAACUUGGUGGCACACUAAGAGUUGCACAAGCAACACGACCAGCACCUCCUGCUGAUUUGGCGGUAAUGCCUUCUGGUCACUGAUACAGAGCGACCGUAUGUUUGUUCAAGUAAUGCCCAUGCAUUAUCGCUGGUGUCCUCCAUUGCGUAUCCACGUCAAUUAGGUUGCUCUGCUUACAAGUACUUGGUGGUUUCUCAAAGAAUGGAAGUCAAUGGUCUGAUGGUGAAGGGAAGUUUGGCCUGGCUGGAGUGGAAGUACUAUCUCACCAUUUUAGAUUUCGUGUUUUUGAAAGUUACUUGUGCAUACGAGUCUAUUUUUAACCCAUUUUCUCACCAUUUUCUGGUUACGGAUUAGCGAAAUUUGCUAGUUGUAUUAUCUCUGGAGCUCCGUUUUCUUUCAUGCGAAUAUUGCAAGAAUGUAAAACUCUUCUUUUUCUUUCAAUAUUGCUACAAGUGUAGAUAUAAAAGCUACAAGUUUUUGCUC